ACGACUUGAUGUUUGUGAUGUUGGAGAUUUCAAAUAUAAUUAAAUCAACUUAAAUUCCUAAAUAUAAUCGUUUAAAUUUACGCUUGGAAAUAUAGAAAUUAACUAAUCAACACGUAACCUAAAUAUAUACCAAGAAAGGAGAACUGGCGUUCUAUAGUUGGCCAGUGUUUGGUUAAGUUUACAUGGUUAUAACACUGACUUUUUAUUUAUUUUAAAAUGGAAACUCUCUAUCAUCAGACGACUCAAUUAAUACAAGAAGCAUCGGACUUAUUUCAAGAGUUAGAGAAGGAUCUCAACAAUUCCGAGUCAAUCGAGAAUGCCAUUCAGUCAAAAAUUGAUAGCAUAUACGCGCACUGCGAGAAACUAGAUGUGUUUGUCUUCAAAACUCCUAUAAACAGCAGACCAAUGGCAAAGAUGAGGGUGGACCAGUUGAAAUAUGACAACAGACAUAUUCAGGCGUCACUGAACAACGUUCAGAACAAGCGGCGGCGGCGCGAGCAGGAGCUGGCGGAGCGGGAGCAGCUGCUGAGUCGGCGCUUCGGGCCCGGCCACGACCACACCAUCACCGUCGACUACUUAGCGCAGGAGCAGCAGUCGUUGCACAACUCGCACAGGAAUGUUGACGAAAUGUUACACACUGGUUCGAAUAUAUUGCAGACGUUACGGUACAACAGGGAUACUCUGAAAGGAGCCCACAAGAGGCUGAUAGACUUGGCCAACACUCUAGGACUAUCCAAUGCCACAAUUUCACUCAUCGAAAGAAGGGUGUCGCAAGAUAAGUAUUUAUUGUUUGGGGGAAUGUUCGUCACCCUCGUCGUAAUCGUUCUUGUAAUUAUAUACUUGGCGUAAAUAGAA